CGCCAGCUCGGUUUUUUUGUCGACGCGUAGCUCGCAAAAGUACGUUUCAGGAGGGGAGGAAGCGCGAUUGCUUGAACGGUGAACUCCUUGGCUUGAAUGUCGAGUCGCUUGGUGAUGCUCCGACGCUCAGUCAUUGUUCGGCGGCUACCGCAUUCGAGCCACCUUUCCCCCGCCUCUCGCGCUCUCACUAGCCCCCUACAAAGGAGACUCAUCGUUUCUGUCACUUCACAGCACACCUAGGAGGGGACUUGUAUGAGUACCUAACGUAGCUAGGGGACAUUUUUUGUAGUUUUCCAGGAAGCGAAAAAAGGGCGUUCACUGGCGAACAUGUAAGCUAGUCUUUCAUUUUCAGGUCACUAGCACAACCAAUUGGUUACACUUCAUUGUGUUAAUGCUACAAUAUUACAUUGCAUACUCGUCCAGGGACAGGUUAGGUCAUUUUUGCACAGGUGUGUCACGUAAAACCGGGUUCGCCGACAUUCCAUAGAAGGGCGCAGGUGUCGACGGAGGCGAGUGUGACUCACACACACACUACUAGUGCCAUUUUGAUUUUUUUAAAUGGUCGUUUUCUAACGCCGUCUUCUCGUCAGUCCUCACGCCCACGCAAGGAGCCAUGGCAGACAAGGAGGAGCAGGUACAGAAAGCCAAGCUGGCCGAGCAGGCCGAGCGCUACGACGACAUGGCCGCCGCCAUGAAGGUCGUGACGGAGGGGGGCACCGCCGAGCUGAGCAACGAGGAGCGAAACCUUCUCUCUGUCGCCUACAAGAAUGUGGUGGGCGCCCGGAGGUCCUCGUGGCGGGUGGUGUCCAGCCUGGAGCAGAAGUCGGAAGACAGCGGCAAGACGGCCCUGGCCAAGGAGUACAGGGAGAAGAUCGAGAAGGAGCUCAACGACAUCUGCAAUGAAGUUCUGGACCUGCUCAACAAUCACCUGAUCCCCAACGCCCAGCCUGCUGACAGCAAGGUCUUCUACUUGAAGAUGAAGGGCGACUACUACCGCUACCUGGCUGAGGUGGCCAGUGGGGAGGACAAGGAGAAAAUAAUCAAGAACUCGCAAGAAUCCUACCAGCAGGCUUUGGAUAUCAGCUACAAAGAAAUGCAGCCCACCCAUCCCAUUCGCCUCGGACUUGCUCUCAACUUCUCCGUCUUCUACUAUGAGAUCGUCAACUCGCCCAACAAGGCCUGCGAGCUCGCCAAAACGGCCUUCGAUGAAGCCAUCGCCAUGCUGGACUCUCUCAACAGCGACUCCUACAAAGACAGUACCUUGAUCAUGCAGCUGCUCCGCGACAAUCUCACCCUAUGGAUGUCAGACCACCAGGGCGAGGCCGAGGGCGAGGAGACGGAGCCAGAGGCGGCGCCAGCAGCGGACAAGAACUGAACUCCGUAGGAUUAAAAAGAAAAAAUUUACACGCGUUUUUUUUUUUUACCUCUCACCAGCCUAUGUUGUGUGCGUGGUCGUGUGUGUGUGCGUGCACAUACAUGCGCACAUAUGUAUGUUUACGCUCCACUCACAGUGUGUAAAGUACAGUACGUGUGCAGAAUCAUUGUGUUUGUUAAAUGUAAGAACACCUCCACUUAUGAAAUAUCCAAAUAGAUGUUUUUUUUUUUUUUUUAAAUUGAACAUUACUCAAUGUGUCAACCAAUGGAUGUUUUUCAUUUGAAUUUUUGUAUGCUUUAGUCCCGAUGUAUUCCCUCCUUUUUCGUUCCAAAUUAGACCCUCGUUUAUGGUAGCAAGCUCGCCGCCAUUACAGGACAAAAAUCUCUUGACUAUAUUUUGAUACUUUGUAUGUUUUUACUUGAACUGAACAUUUGUGAAACUUGGGUCAAACAAAACACCUUGAAACUCGUAUACUGAAAUAAAAAUGGUCACAGCGGUUGGAUUCUCGCUAAAAUUUUGUGUCUAGUUAGUGAUGGAGUAGACAACAGGUUGCUGCCUUCAUCCCACACCGCGUCGGAAAGUCGUCUUUUUACGGAUGGUACGUGUUCACGGCUCGGUGGGUUCUGUGGGUGUCGUGAAGAUUCCCAGGUGUGAAUGAAUAUUUCUGCUUUCGUCCGUCUUUGCUUUGGUUGUUUUUGCUAUGUGGGUUACGUUCCAUUUUGCUUUCCCUGCCUCCUACUUUCAAACAAAAAGUGAACAACUUGAUUAAGAACCAACACCACAAAUGGCUUGAUACUGUAACUUUUUUUAAACCUUUGAUCUUUCCAGCAGUGCAGAGGAUACUUUUUGCCAUGUGCGUUUAUGUGGCUUUCUACUUUUUCUAUUCAGGUGUUUUUGUAUUUUCUUUUUGUGUAUUUUAUUCCCCCCUUGACCCCGGGAAUGUAUGUGGUUCUCAGUAGUAUGGCGUGAGAGGUAGGCGUGCUUUGAAAGUGGCACUUAUUCGAUUAUUUUUUUUUACAUUUUUUUUUUGCUUAGGAUUUAGCUUGAACCGGGUAAAGCAUAUGCCGUUCGUUGAAAGUACAGUACUUUGUGCAAAAAAAAAAUGUUGACGCUAAUUAUAAAUUCAUAAGUCAAAGUAGGAAGCAGCGGUUUUGACCAUUUAGUCAACACAAACUAGUGCUGGUUUCUUAUCGUGGUGGUUUCCAAGAAAAAAAAAUGAUGGGAUGCAAGAUUCUAAACAUUUUGCAAGUGGCACUCUUAAGUACGUUAUUUGGUUAUGUGCUUUCAUGUGAGAUGAAUUAAAACAUUAAAUCCAA